AAAUUUGAUGGAUAAGAUUUGGUUCGAAUCCGAUUCGAUCCGUUUUCACUUUUCAGCCCUAAAAUUUUGGAUGACCGGAGUGCGCAGAGAGCUUAUCCUUCACUCAUCACGUAUUCCCUCCAAAAUUUGCAACCGUCUGAAACCAUGAACGCUUGCAUUGGGUUUGGUUCUGCUUCUGCUUUCAUCCUGCAACCUAUCAAAAUUCCCACCUCCCAGAGACCCAUCCUUAUCAGAAAUCCGAGAAACCUAACCUUAAUUUGCAGAGCUGAAUCCAAGCCCAGCAACCCCAGCAGGAGAAAUGACAUGGGAGGCAACAAACCCACACGCAGAAACCCCAGGAAAUCAUCGUAUGGAAGUUCUAGAAGGUCGAUUCUGAAGAAAUCAUUCACUCAGGAGCAGGUUAUUUUCACCAAAUCAGUCCCAGAAGACCCUGUUGUUGCGAUCAUCGGUGGAGGGCUUUCGGGAUUAGCAUGCGCCCUCAGUCUGGAGAAACGGGGAAUUCGCUCUACGGUAUUCGAUACGGGGCUUCAUGGGUUGGGUGGAAGAAUGGCUACAAGAGCAAUUGAUCCUCAGCCUUUGAUCUUUGACCAUGCAGCUCAGUUCUUUACGGUAGGUGAUUCUCGAUUUGCUGAGUUGGUUAAUGGAUGGUUGGAGAAGGGUUUGGUUCGGCAGUGGCAAGGUCCAAUUGGAGAGCUCGAAGCCGGUGGUUGUUUUGUUCCACUUCCAUCCUUAUCUCCAAGAUAUAUAGGUGUUAAUGGGAUGCGUCCCCUUGCAGAUUCAAUUCUAUCUGAGACUUCUAUGGUUAACAUGGUGAGGCCUUGCUGGAUAAGUAAACUUGAGCCGUUUAAUGGGAUGUGGCACUUAAGUGAGAAUGGGAAACCUCGUGGGCAGUUUGAUGCAAUUGUUAUUGCACACAAUGGAAAAUGCGCAAACCGCUUGCUUGCUUCAUCGGGGUUACCACUUAUAGCAAGACAAAUGAAGAAGCUUGAACUCAGUUCCAUCUGGGCCCUACUUGCAGCAUUCGAAGAUCCUCUUCCUACCCCUAAUAGCAGAAUUUCAACUGCUUUUGAAGGAGCUUUUGUAAAAGGGGUUGAUUCUGUUUCAUGGAUGGCAAACAACACAAAGAAACUAUUCCCUUCACAGAGCGGUGGCCCUCACUGUUGGACUUUCUUCAGCACUGCUGCUUAUGGAAAACGAAACAAAGUUCCACAGGAAAAUAUCCCAAAUGCCACAGCAGAGAAGGUGAUAGAAGGCAUGCUUGAGGGUGUUGAGAUUGCACUAGGAUUAUCAAAGGGAUCACUCACUAGACCUUUCUAUACCCGUGUUCAGUUAUGGGGUGCAGCUCUUCCAACUAAUAGUCCAGGAAUUCCUUGCGUCUUUGAUCCCCAAGGACGGGCUGGAAUAUGCGGUGACUGGCUACUAGGUUCAAGUUUAGAAGCUGCAGCUUUGAGUGGCAUGGCUCUUGCCAAUCAUAUUUCUGAUUACUUGCAAAGUGGUGGAUCCCGUCCAGAUGAAUUCGCCAUUGGUUUGCAUGAUGCAUUUCAGCCUAUUGAAGGCCAUGAUAUUGGGCAAUUUCCAGGCUUAGAAUUUAAAGAACAAGUAGCCGAGUUUCUGUCUUCUAAAACAUGAAUAUUAAAGCUGAGCAGAAAGUCUGAAAUUUUAACAGCUUCUAAAUCAACAAACAUAUGGUUGCUGCAGUAGUGGCAAGCGUCUAGUUCUCUCUCUAGAGCUUCUGAUGAAUGUUUUGCAAUAUCUGGAUUAGAUGUAUCCAACACAAUGAAAGUAGCUAAAGACAUAGCAUUGAUUUGAAGUUGGACAAGAAAAGGCGAAAUAUCAAAGGAAACAAAAGCUCAUUUGGUAGAAAGGAAUAAAGUCAAGAUUGUCCUACCCACUUGCUUCUUCAUACUUAAGAACCUUCAAAGAGCAUUCUGCAAUACGGUUCAUUCAAAAGCUGAUUCUAGUUUAUUUAAAGCAUUUGGUUGUGGUUCUGGGAUUGUAGAGUUCACUUGUAACAUGAUUUGUGGCUUUUGGGAAAUGUUUAAAAAUCGGAGUGCAGUACUGGUUGAACCUGGAAAACAGGAAUUGGUUUAUUGUAAACAACUAGAAACCUGUAGAUUAACUUUAAUCCGUAAAAAGAGAUUUUUCUGGUGCAA